UUCCUGUUCAAAGCUCAAAGUUCAGCUGGCGGACAGAGACGAUCCACAGUCGCCACAAACAACAAGAAGAAGAAGAAGAAGAAGAAGAAGUCAUAACUGAAAGGAAACAUUUCUCUGAACUGAAACCACAGAAGACGAUUUGACAAAUUUGGAGGAACUCUGUGUCCAAUAUCUGACCCUGAAUCCAGCCUCACGGAUGGACUGUACCUGAGGACGAGCAAGUCGGAUAAACUCAGAGAUCACCGCUGAGCGCCUGACUGGCGGCCAUCUUGGAGAGACAGACAGUGUCUGUCCCCGGCCCUGCAGCAGCACCUCCAGCGGGGGCCCCAAUCCCUCCCCGCUCCCCCGGCUGCAGCGCCCCCUGCUGGGCAGCAUGGAGCCUGGAGCGGGCCGGCUGCCUCUCCAGGUGCUGGGAGAGAACGAGGCGCUGCAGCAGUUCUUCAGCGGUCAGGAUGUGAGUGGUGUGAUGGACAGCUCUGUCGCCGUGGAUACGAGCAUUCUGGAGCAGUACCUCAGCAAUGACCUGGACCCCAGCAGCUUCAUGCUUCCUGAGUCUCCUCCUGACUCGAGCUCGGAAGCCUGUUCACCUGCACAGAUACCAGAUUUCCACUACGAGCCGCCCUAUUGGUCCAGGCAGCAGACCACACAUGAAGUGUUCCAGCCAACACAACGGCCUGCCCCCUCUUCGACCUGUCGCUUUAAGAGUCGAGGCUCCGCCCCUGCCCACCACGAGAUGCUGACCCACGAUCAGCUCUGCAGUUUGGGCCUCACUAACACUUACAUCAAGCCUGGGGCCUCACCUGCUCCACCUGCCCCCCUGCACCAGCACACACACCACUCACCUGAACACACACAUUACCUGAGUCCAGAAAGCUGCUCACAGGUUUACACCCCUCCCCCACCUCCUUCGCCGCCGCUGCCCACCUCGAACAGCUACGCCACACUGUGCACAGGUCCAGGCCUGGUCCCAGAUUUAGUCACGCCCCCUUCAACCUGUCUGCUGGGCUCCACCUCCACGCUGCACACCUGCUCCCCAGACAGCAAAAAGAGGAGGAGAUCUGAGUCUGAGGAACCAUCGGCGGAAAUUGAGGCCUCCUGCAGUGAAGGCGACGGGACUUGUGGCGGCAGUGUAGGGCACGGCGUCGGUGGUGGCGGACUGAGUGUGGGAUCCUACCAGCUGCUGACUUGGGAUCAGUACAGGCCGGAACAGUGGAGCACUUUGUACGACAGCAGCUACCAGACACUGUCUCUUCCUGCCUACCACAUCGACACAGAUAAAGGCUUCAUCUACUCUGCAGCUGACGAGGCCUUUGUCUGCCAAAAGAAGAACCACUUCCAGGUCACUGUUCACAUUGGCGUGGCCGCAGAACCGCAGUACGUCAGAACGCCGAGUGGGCCACAGGAGGUCGACCACUUCCAGAUAAAAGUGUUCGGGGUCAAGCUGGAAUCUCCAAGCCACCAGGUGACCAUUGAGCAGUCUCAGCCCAACCGCAGCAAGAAGCCCUUCCACCCUGUCAGGGUCAGUCUUCCCAGCGGCAAAAUCACCAAGGUAACACUCUGCCGAAUGCACUUCAGCGAGACGACGGCCAACAACAUGAGGAAGAAAGGCAAACCCAACCCAGACCAGAGAUAUUUUCAGAUGGUGGUUGGUCUGUAUGCUGCAGUGGGAAGGGAGGAGACUUUCCUCCUCACAGCUCUGGUUUCAGAGAGAAUCAUCGUCAGGGCUUCUAACCCCGGGCAGUUUGAGAUGGACGGGGACGCCCUGUGGCAGCGCGGGGCGGUGCAGAAUGCCGUGGUCUGUCAAGGCCGAGUGGGCAUCAACACCGACUCCCCCGAUGAGGCGUUAGUCGUCUGCGGGAACGCCAAGGUGAUGGGCGCCGUCAUGCAGCCGUCCGACCGCCGCGCCAAGAAAAACAUACAGGAGGUCGACUCUGAGCAGCAGUUGAAGAGAAUCACUCAGAUGAGAAUCGUUGAGUUCGAUUAUAAACCAGAGUUUGCCUCUACCAUGGGAAUAGACCACACCCACCAGACAGGUGUAAUAGCUCAGGAGGUGAAGGAGCUGCUGCCGUCAGCGGUGAAGGAGGUCGGAGACGUCAGCUGUUCUGACGGAGAGAAGAUUCAUAACUUCCUGAUGGUGGACAAGGAGCAGAUCUUCAUGGAGAACGUGGGGGCGGUGCAGCAGCUGUCGAAGCUCACCGACAAUCUGGACACUCGAAUCAAAGAGCUGGAGGUCUGGAACCACCGACUGGCCAAGCUGAAGAGCCUGACAGGGAGCCUGACAGGGAGCCUGACAGGGAGCCUGCGCUCCACUGGGAAACCCAUGAAACACAGCAGUGCGUCGACGCCACCGAGUCCUGAUGCAUGCAAGACUGGGAAAGUUCAGAAGGAAGGCUGGAGUCAGAAGUACAGCCACUGUCUGCAGCACAAAGUCUUCCAGGCCAGCGUCUUCACCCUACUGGCCACUAUGGCUUUCUGCAUCAUCUCUAUCACCGCUCUCUACUUGCUAAAUUUGAAGGAGGAAGACUUUACAGGCUUUCCCGGCAACAGUAACAGCAGCGUGGUUCCUGUGCAGACCACAGCCUGGAGCAGCACAGUUACACCGACCAGUCCACCUGGCCCCUGGCCCCCAGAUGUGGACUUCUGUGACCUGCUGUACUGCGAUCAGGUGUACUGCUGCACUCCACCAGCAGGGGGCAGCACUGACUCCAACAUCACCUCAACUGAAUCACCUGGAGCAGACGAGUCUGAUCUGACAGAAAAAAGAAAAGAAAAACUUUAUCACAAGCUGAAAAGUGCCAGAGACUGGACGAACACCACCAUCCAGUCUUUCAUGAUCAAAGAGAACCAGCAGGUGAUUGACAGCAAAUACUGCCUAAAAGACAAAUAUGGACCAGGUAGAUACGUCUACAGAGUUCCCAUCAGCCAGUUUGUCCCAGUCAACAUGAGAGUCACGCUGCUCAUGAAUUCGACGCAGCUGCUGGUGGUUCAUCUGUGUAGCUUCGAUGAGUCAGAGGCCUGCUCUGCUCUGCUGGACAAAAACACCGUCACUGGGAGCAGAUACCCAUCAAACACACAGGGAGAACAUGAAUGGCCUCUUCACGUGGCUCGUCUUCAUCACAGCUCGUAUCACUUUCGCUCCACAGUGGCUGUAAGAAACAGGGUCAAGCAGACUGCAGUACUGACCAUCACUACGCAGAGGCGCUCUUCACUGACUACUAUUUCCACUUCUACAGACGCUGCACACACUCAUAGACACACAUUUAAAGACAAAUAACAAAAAUGUAUUAAAUGCAAAUAUAUUAAAUAUUUGCCACACAAAGAUGCCAAUCAGAGUAAAAGAAGUAGACUGCUUUUAUGUUUUUUGUUUGUUUUUUUAAAGCUGCAAAUGCAUUUUUAUUGUUAUAUAAGUCACUUUUACUGAUAGAUUGUACAUCGUAAUUGCAAAAAUGCAAAUGGAAGUUCCUCAGAUCAGAUACACAAUAUCUCCUUUUAUGUUCUUCUAUUUACUGUCUUUUAUUCUCGUGUAUUUCCUGCUUUGUGAGGAAGUGUUCAGCUUGUAGAGACGCAGACCAACAAAGAUUGAACCGAUGGAAAAGAUGAGCCCACAAUUCAGCUCACAUAAUUCACUUCGUUAACAUCCAGCCCUCAAAUAAUUUACUUUUAAUCGAAUAUCAGUGGUCAGACAUGCAAUUUACUAUGACACUGAUGUACAGAAAUCAUUUAAUGAAAUUCAGACAUUAUUUUUCAGGAAUUUUCGUGGGUGUCGCAAGAUAAAUCUGGUUGGGGUGGGGGGGUAAGGUGAUAUCAAGAUAGGAAAGAAGAAGGAAAAAAACAUUUCUGCUAUGCAAAUUAUGUUUAUUUUUCUGGCUUUUCUCAAAUAUUUGCUUUUUUCUUGUGAAAUACUGUAGUUUUACCUUUUUAGGCCUGUAAAAACUGAAAAUGAAAUAUCAGGGUUUGGUUGAACAGUUCAUGAGUCAUAAGGUAGACCUUUUGCAACCUGUGACGAGGCGUUGCUCGGCUAUAAAGGGUCAAAAGCCAGAAAGGUUGUGAACCAAUGCCUUAGAGCAUACUUUAACUUAACUAAUACGUUUGAAACGUGACUAGAAUUAAGUAGUUUGCUGUUUUGGUUGGUCUUAGUUUUUAGAUGUUAUGAUAAAGUUUAUUAUGAUAAAGUGUAUUUGCAGUAAAAUACUGCUCUCAUGAACAGGAAUACACCUGUGUGGAAGAAACUUUGGGAUUAGUUUCAAAAUUCCAAGAAAAAGGUUAGAUUUUAGAGAAUUACAAGACUUCUCAGAAUUAAGUCUGAAAUUUGAUCUCAGAAAUUUGGUGUUCACACUCCAACUGGUGUCCUUUAUUUCUAAUUUAGUUUUAAACAACAAAACUCUCUGUGUUUUUCUAAAUUCUGAAAUUGAAAAAAACAUGUCCUUUAGUCUGAGAAAACAAGAGAGGUGUGUAACUAGUCUGACUGAAAAGUUACUCAUUAAAAAAAGUCAGUCGUUUCUGAGUGUGAAUCUGUUCAAAUUCAUCUUUUCUAUGAGCUAAACUGAACAUGACUGACACCUGACGGCUCUGUUAAAUGAAAAAUAAUAAACAGUGAGGUAGAAAAAGUUGAAUAAAGUAGUUUAAAAAUCG